GGAUGGGGGAAAGGAACGGCUGCUAAAACACCCCCUUCCCACAAGAGUAAUGAGGGCACCUUUUCCACGAAUCGGCUAACACAAUUGGAACUAAUAACAGAGACCCCUCCCGCGAAAGAGAGGGAAAACUAACCGGAGAAAGUGUAAAGAAAAAAUAAAGUAUCGAAUACCCGGCCAGAGGCCCCACAUCUUGUUAAAAUAAAUCUAGCAGAGAGAAUUUCUAAAAAAAAAACUGCGAGAUUUGUGGCUGAAACAGAAUUAAACUCGGGUCCGUUCUGUUCGUUUUCAGUGUUGGAGCGGAGAACAGGAAGGAAAGGGGAGAUUCCAGCGCUGUUAGAACACUUCUCCUAUGGACGAAAGCAGCGCUCUCUCUCCCAAAGCGACUGCGUUUAGAAUUGCCUCUCUGAUUUCAGCGGCCGAACAACCAGGAAACGAAGAGAUUCUGCAAAGUACUGCCCUCGGCAAGCACGCCCAGCUCAAUCUAACUUGCAGUAGGAUGCAUUUCAGCACCGUAACAAAAGAUAUGGAAGCUUUCACGGCCAACAGCAUUAGCAGCCUCAGCUCGUCGGGCGGGUAUCACCUCUCGCCUUCACCCGGCGACCCCGGCGCCUACAGCCACGAAGCGCACUACGAGUCGUGUCCGGGAGCACAGCACGGAGGCUACGGCGGUUUCGGGAGCAGCAGCUCGGCAGCGUCCUCCGAGGCAGACACCGGCCCUCCUUCCAACUGCGGCUCGGUCGCCGUGCCGGGCAAAGCGCCGGUCAAAAAGAACCCGAAGGUGGUCAACAUCACCGUACAACUGGAGAUGAAAGCCCUGUGGGAUGAAUUUAACCAGCUCGGGACCGAAAUGAUAGUAACCAAAGCGGGAAGGAGAAUGUUCCCGACUUUUCAAGUGAAGCUUUUCGGGAUGGAUCCCAUGGCUGACUAUAUGCUACUCAUGGACUUUGUACCGGUCGACGAUAAAAGAUACCGGUAUGCUUUUCACAGUUCCUCCUGGCUGGUAGCCGGGAAAGCAGAUCCGGCGACCCCCGGUCGAGUGCAUUACCACCCCGAUUCCCCAGCCAAGGGCGCUCAAUGGAUGAAACAAAUUGUCUCUUUUGACAAGCUAAAACUAACCAAUAAUUUAUUGGAUGACAACGGGCAUAUUAUCCUAAACUCGAUGCACAGAUACCAGCCGCGGUUUCACGUCGUUUACGUUGACCCGAGGAAGGACAGCGAGAAAUAUGCCGAGGAGAACUUUAAAACGUUUCUGUUUGAGGAGACCAGAUUUACGGCGGUCACGGCGUAUCAGAACCACCGGAUAACACAGCUAAAAAUCGCAAGCAAUCCAUUUGCAAAAGGAUUUAGAGACUGUGACCCUGAAGACUGUUUUGUACCAUAUUGUAGGCCGAGGAAUCACAGACCGGGCUCUUUGCAAUUAAUCAGCGCUUUCACCAGAAAUCGGAACCCGGUACCCUCACCACAGCAGAACGGCAGUGAAAAAGAUGUGGACGCCAGAGGUGACUAUGAUCGGGACCCUAACCGGACAGCCAUGCACGCGGAACAUCCACACCAACAGCAGAUCAUGUCCAGGGUGCUGAGUCCGGCUCUCCCCGGUGGACUCCAUACGCUCAGCCGGCCAAGCCCACCUCACGAACUGCGACUGGAUCCCCACACACAAGCAGCGGACACCCUCCAUCAUACCUACAAGUACCGUUCCUACCAUGACACCUACAUCGGCGCCAAACCCAGGCCGAGUCCCUACCCGCUGCCUGGGAUAGCGAGUCAUAGUUAUCAUCACAUGAACCCAGCUGCGAAUAUGUACCCAGGGAGCGCAGCGCCCGCUAACUAUGACUAUGGACACAGAUAAACAACGGGAAUUUCAGCGAUGUACUUACAGCUUUUUAAAAGGAACUGCUAAUACUGCAAAUUGAAGAAGAUGCACAAAAGUGGGGUGAUAUCUGUCUUAUUUAAUUGAGCUGUUUGCAGUUCAGGAAAAUUCCACGUUGGUGCAAAUGGAAUUGAAAAACUUUUUAACUGUCAAGUUGAUUGAUAGCCCGCUAACUAAUCACAGAGGAGCUUGGAGGAGGACCUUAAUUGUGAUUGGAUUGUAACUGGGCGGGUCUAAGGCAACGAUAUUGGAGUAUGAUUGGUUGGGAUUUUUCUUUUGACUGUUUGAUACAGUGGCUCACCAAUCACGUAUGCGACGUAGUACAUUGACUGAUCCGAUCAUCCAAUUGGAAGAUGGUGCGGUAUAGUUCUGGUAUCGCAUUGGUUCCCAGGGGGUGUACUCCCACGUGGCUGGAUGACAAACAUGGGCAUGUUGUUUCAGCGAACCGACUGCACUGAGAACUGUGGAGAAAAUGCGUAAACAGGCAACUGGGGUUAAUUUUAUUUUAUUAUUUUUGUGAACGGCAAAGGCGUCGAGUUGCACUUUCAGCUUUGAGAGAAGCCAUAGUUUAUUUAGAAUGGAGACUAUUUCACGAUGGCACGGAUUUAGCCACGUAGUUAAAAAUUCAGCAAAUUACAUUUCAUAUAAAAUCUGUGCGUGUUCAAAAACCGAAUCAUUACGUCAGUACAAUCGCAUGAAUGUGCGUUAAAAUCUGUUGAAAGAGACAAAUAAAACGGAGGGUAGUGCAUCUUAUUCGCAGUCUAUGCAUUACAGUAUUGUGGCGUUAACGUGGCAAAGCGGCUGUAAUUCGUAGCCGGAGCCUUCCGCGCAGACAUGUCCGAAUCUCAGCAUAGCAUCUAAGUCCAUAUAUAUUCUUGAAUACAUAAAAAAGACUAGUAGUGAUUUUUGGGUUACCUUUUCAAUGAAAAUUCGGUCCACGCGUGUCCACUUGGGGAAGAAAGUGUGUCUUAUUUGCUAUUCCUGUCCCGAAGCAACAUGCUUAACUCUUUAAUUGCCCUCUGAAGUGGCCCAGGCAGCUUAUUAGUUCGGGGAUGUUUUAGGGACGCAGGGGAAUCCCUCGGGGGAAACAUGUUCAAUUCGGAUCACAUAGAUAUAUUAGCUUCGACAUAAUAUUAGCUGUUCAAUUUAUUGGGGUUCUAACGUUUUCCUGUCAUUCAUUCUUUGAGGUUUCUUCUGUUGCGUGGAUAUCUACGAAGAGUAAGAAUUUCAGGUUGUGUACACUAUACGUUCUCUGAUAUUAAAUGAACCAUUGAAAUAUAAAGCUACCUGCUGACCCAAACAUUUGUAAUAUUCUAAUUUAAAAGUAUAUAUAUAUAUAUAUUUCUCUAGUUUUGUGUGCAAAUGUUAUAUUUGGGAAAGGAUAUAUUUGCAUGUAUUUUGUGUUACUCUGAACAUUGAGGCAGUUGCGUUGGACAAUCAAUUCGAACCCGAAUUUCAAAGUGCUGAUUUUCAAUUCCUUUGUAUUUUCUGACCAUUCUGGUGCAUUUCAAAGGAUGCCUUAAAAUGUUUCCCAAAAGAAACAAAAAGUCGAGAAAUACCGGUAUUAUUCUUAAUGCAAUCUUGUUAUUUGGUAACACAAAUACUCGGAUAUUAGUAAUUGAAGAUUCAGUGCCAAAGUUUGGUCACGCUGAUGUUACCGCGGAAUGAAGUUAGUAUUUAUUAUUCCUUGUGACGUGGACGAUGGAAAUGGAUAUAUUAAAAAUACAGGGACUGUGUGAAGGAGGACCUUUAGCUAAACGAUGCAACGAACAGGGAUAGUGUAGAUACGUGUAGAUAUUUAAUCUGUAGAUAUUGUACAUUUAGCUAGCAACCGUUACUUUUUAGUGGUUAAUAAUGUUUAAAUGUGAACGCAGCAUUUGUUGUAAAAUGGCUUUCAUAUUUUUAACAAAAAUAAGAUCGGCGUGUUGUAAUUUUCUAUAUGAACUGGUAAAUUUAAAGAAAGAUUAAAUACUCCCU